CCUCUGCAAACUUCCAUCCAUUGGCGCGCUCCAGUUUACUGCUCCCCUCCCCGGUAGACCGAAACGGGCUGCCCAGGUUGUACGGGUGACAAUAUGGCAGGCAUGAGUGCGGCGGGUCCUAGGCCGGGUUCGGCUUCUGGACCGGUCCAACAAGGACUGAAGGAAGCUUUAAUCGAGACCCUGACGGCUAUUUUGUCGCCUGUGCAAGAAGCGCGAGCCGCAGCAGAAGAACAAAUUAAAGUGUUGGAAGUGACAGAGGAGUUUGGAGUCCACCUAGCGGAGUUGACUGUGGAUCCGCAGGGAGCUCUCGCUAUCCGUCAGCUGGCCUCGGUCAUCCUGAAGCAGUAUGUGGAAACUCACUGGUGCUCCCAGUCUGAGAAGUACCGUCCACCAGAGACGUCAGACAGGGCCAAGGCAGCGAUCAGGGACCUGCUCCCCGGGGGGCUAAGGGAGGCCAUCAGUAAGGUGCGCUCCAGCGUGGCCUACGCCGUGUCGGCCAUCGCCCACUGGGACUGGCCAGAGGCCUGGCCUCAGCUCUUCACUCUGCUCAUGGACAUGCUGGUCAGCGGGGACGUGCACGCCGUGCACGGGGCCAUGAGGGUCCUCACAGAGUUCACCCGGGAGGUCACAGACACGCAGAUGCCCCUGGUUGCCCCGGUGAUACUGCCAGAGAUGUACAAGAUCUUCACCAUGGCUGAGGUCUACAGUAUCCGUACGCGUGCCAGGGCCGUGGAGAUCUUCACCACCUGUGCCAACCUCAUCUGUGCUAUCGAGGAGCUGGAGAAGGGGGCAGCCAAGGCGCUGAUCUUCCCCGUGGUGCAGCAGUUCACACAGGCCUUCAUCCAGGCGCUGCAGAUGCCCGACGGAGCUUCCUCCGACAGCGGCCUCAAGAUGGAGGUGCUGAAGGCAGUGACAGCUCUAGUGAAGAACUUCCCCAGGCCCAUGGUGUCGUCUAUGCAGCAGAUUCUGCCCAUCGUCUGGAACACCCUGACAGAGAGCGCCGCCUUCUAUGUGAGGACGGAGGUCAACUACACAGAGGAGGUGGACGAUCCUGUAGACUCUGAUGGUGAGGUUCUGGGCUUUGAGAACCUGGUGUUCAGCAUCUUUGAGUUUGUUCACACCCUGCUGGAGAACAGCAAGUUCAAGAGCACGGUGAAGAAGGCCCUGCCUGACCUCAUCUACUACAUCAUACUGUACAUGCAGAUCACAGAGGACCAGAUCAAGGCGUGGACAGCGAACCCCCAGCAGUUUGUGGAGGACGAGGAUGACGACACCUUCUCCUACUCUGUCAGAAUCUCUGCCCAGGACCUGCUGCUGGCGGUUGCUACAGAGUUCCAGAAUGAGAGUGCAGCAGCUCUCGCUGCAGCCGCCACCAGACACCUGCAGGAGGCUGAGCAGGCCAGGAGCACUGGCAGCGAGCACUGGUGGAAGGUGCACGAGGCGUGCAUGCUGGCGCUGGGCUCCGUUAAGACCGUCAUCACGGAGAACGUGAAGACCGGGAGGAUCCAGUUCGACAUGCACGGCUUCCUGGCCGGAGUCAUCCUCGCAGACCUCAACCUGCCCGCGGCCUCCCCCUUCUUGCUGGGCCGGGCGUUGUGGGCGGCGAGUCGCUUCACGGCGGCCAUGUCUCCUGAGCUCAUCCAGCAGUUCCUCCAGGCCACGGUCAGCGGGCUGCACACCUCCCAGCCCCCCUCCGUACGAAUCUCUGCCGUCAGGGCCAUCUGGGGGUACUGUGACCAGCUGAAGCUGUCUGACAGCACCCACGUGCUGCAGCCCUUCCUCCCCAGCGUGCUGGAGGGGCUGGUGCAGCUGGCGGCCCAGUUCAGCUCCGAGGUGCUCACCCUGGUGCUGGAGACUCUCUGCAUCGUCUGCACCGUCGACCCCGCCUUCACCACCAGCGCCGAGAACAAGAUCUGCCCCCUCACCAUCGCCAUCCUGCUCAAGUACAACAACGACCCGGUGGUGGCGUCCCUGGCCCAGGACAUCUUCAGGGAGCUGGCUCAGAUCGAGGGCUGCCAGGGCCCCAUGCAGCUCCGCCUCAUCCCCACGCUGGUCAGCAUCAUGCAGGCUCCGGCCGACAAGAUCCCUGCUGGACUUUGCUCCACGGCCAUCGACAUCCUGACCACGGUGGUGCGUCACUCCAAGCCGCCCCUGUCAGAGCUGCUGGUCUGCCAGGCCUUCCCUGUGGUGGCCCAGUGCACCCUGCGCACCGACGACAACACCACCAUGCAGAACGGCGGGGAGUGUCUCCGUGCGUACGUGUCGGUGGCCCUGGAGCAGGUGGGGGGCUGGUGUGACGAGCAGGGCCACAGCGGGCUGUGGUACGUCAUGCAGGUGGUCAGCCAGCUGCUGGACCCGCGCACCUCCGAAUUCACGGCGGCGUUCGUGGGCCGGCUGGUGUCCACGCUAAUCUGGCGGGCGGGGACGGAGCUGGGGGAGCAGCUGGACCAGAUCCUGAGAGCCGUGCUCAGCAAGAUGCAGCAGGCCGAGACACUCAGCGUCAUGCAGUCUCUGAUCAUGGUGUUUGCCCACCUGGUCCACUCCCAGCUGGAUCCUCUGCUGGAGUUUCUGAGCAGCCUCCCUGGUCCAACAGGGAAGCCUGCGCUGGAGUUUGUCAUGGCUGAGUGGAUGGGCCGCCAGCACCUGUUCUACGGCCAGUACGAGGGCAAAGUCAGCACGGUGGCGCUGUGCAAGCUGCUGCAGCACGGCCUCAACACCAACGACAAGCGGCUCCAGGAUAUCAUGGUGAAGGGAGAGGAGAUCUUCACGGCAGAGGAGGGCAUACGCACACGCUCCAAGUCUGCCAAGAAUCCCGAGCACUGGACCAACAUUCCGCUGCUGGUGAAGGUGUUCAAGCUCAUCGUCAACGAGCUGUCGUCCGUCGUCGAGGCCAACGCCACCAGGAGCGCAGCGGCAGACUGGAGUCAAGAAUCCGGUGGCAUGUGGGAGGAGCAGGACCAGGAAGAGGAAGAGGAAGAUGAGGAGGACGAUGAGGAAGAUCAAGGUUUGAGUGGACAACUGCUGUCGGAUCUCAUCGCCUCCAACAAGUAUGAUGAGGACUACUAUGAAGAUGAUGAUGAAGAAGAUCCAGAUGCUUUGAAAGACCCCAUAUACCAGAUAGACCUACAGGCCUACCUGACAGACUUCCUGACCCAGUUUGCCCAGCAGCCCUGCUACAGCAUGUUCUCAGGUCAUCUCAACGAGUCUGAGAGGAGAGUCCUGCAGUCCAUCGGCAUCUAACCUUUGACCUCCCAGACCCCCACCCUAUCCCUCACCCUCCCAGAUCCUUUCUCGCUCUCUCACACGCACCCUAUCCCUAAGUCUCUCCUGCCAAUGAAUUUCCGAACCUUGAGAUUCUGACUGACUGCUGAAGGGGUGACAGAGGAGUAAAUGUGAAAGAGGCAAACAAGCACUUAUCAACCUCCUCUCAUCUCCUCCACCUAGCUUGAAUAAGGAAGGGGGAAAGACAAGAGAGGAGGAGAAGGUGGAGAAGAAGGGAGAGGAGAGGGAGAUCCAUGUUGCUCUUAGAGGACGAGGGCAUCGUGGCGCGUGUCUCCUCAAACCUGAGGAGCACUGUUAAGGGUUUGGAGAUCUGCUGUGGGACACGAACCACGAACCGACCACUUUCUGUGUCCCAUUUGUAUCUCGGCCCAUUAUUUUUGUGCUUCUGUGAAAAAAAUAACUACAAGAAAAAAACUAAACUUCCACCAAGAGGCAAAAAGAGAUCAAGUUGAUGGACGAUUGGAGAAUCUUGACUCUCCGAGCUGAGGAGAAACAUUGGCGGCCUUAUUUUCCGAAAGAGUUGACUUUUCGGAUUGGAAAGAGGACUUUUACUUCAGCGGUUUCUAGGUGGGUAUGAAGGAUUCACACUGUUGUCAUGGUGACUCACACAGCCUCGUCAUUUCCUUGUACCUGCUGGAGUUUUUGGAUGAAAUAUAAAUAAAAGCCCUUGUAGGACACCA